GCAGCGCAGGUUCCCGUCUGCGCUGGCUGCGGCCUUCACUGAGCGGGGGGGCGGCCCCGGCCCGGCCCCGCAGGACGAUGGACCCGGCCGAGGCCGUCCUGCAGGAAAAGGCGCUCAAGUUCAUGCCCCGAAUACACAUGCCAAAAGAUGGAUUUCAACUUAUAUCUUCUGGAUACCAAGCAUGGCUAAAGCAGUGCUCUAUGCCCAGAUCUCUGUGGCUGGGCUGCUCCAGCCUGGCGGACAGCAUGCCCUCGCUGCGAUGCCUGUAUAACCCAGGGACUGGCGCACUCCCAGCUUUCCAGAAUUCCUCUGAGAGAGAAGACUGUAAUAAUGAUGAGCCCCCUAGGAAGAUCAUUCCUGAGAAGAAUUCACUUAGACAGACCUACAACAGCUGUGCCAGACUGUGCUUAAACCAGGAAACAGUAUGUCUGGGAAGCACUGCUAUGAAGACUGAAAAUUGUGUGGCCAAAACAAAACUUGCCAAUGGCACUUCCAGUAUGAUUGUGCCCAAGCAAAGAAAACUGUCUGCGAGCUAUGAGAAGGAGAAGGAGCUCUGCGUCAAGUACUUCGAACAAUGGUCCGAGUCUGACCAGGUGGAGUUUGUGGAGCACCUCAUCUCCCAGAUGUGUCACUACCAGCACGGACACAUAAACUCAUACCUCAAACCCAUGUUACAGAGGGACUUCAUCACUGCACUGCCAGCUCGGGGAUUGGAUCACAUUGCUGAGAACAUUCUGUCAUACCUGGAUGCCAAAUCUUUGUGUGCUGCUGAGCUGGUGUGCAAGGAGUGGUACCGGGUGACGUCAGAUGGGAUGCUGUGGAAGAAGCUUAUUGAGAGAAUGGUCAGGACAGACUCCCUGUGGAGGGGUUUGUCAGAGAGGAGAGGAUGGGGGCAAUAUCUAUUUAAAAAUAAACCUCCUGAUGGAACUGCACCACCCAACUCCUUCUACAGAGCACUUUACCCCAAAAUUAUACAAGACAUAGAGACAAUAGAGUCGAACUGGCGGUGUGGAAGGCACAGUUUACAGAGGAUCCACUGCCGAAGUGAGACAAGCAAAGGGGUUUAUUGUUUACAGUAUGAUGAUCAGAAGAUAGUAAGCGGCCUACGAGACAAUACUAUUAAGAUCUGGGAUAAGAAUACAUUGGAAUGCAAGCGAAUUCUCACCGGACACACAGGUUCUGUCCUGUGCCUCCAGUAUGAUGAACGAGUGAUCAUUACUGGAUCUUCAGACUCAACAGUCAGAGUGUGGGACGUGAAUGCAGGCGAGAUGCUGAAUACCCUGAUCCACCACUGCGAGGCCGUGCUGCACCUCCGCUUCAACAACGGCAUGAUGGUGACGUGUUCCAAGGACCGCUCCAUCGCCGUGUGGGACAUGGCCUCCCCAACAGACAUCACCCUGAGGAGGGUGCUCGUAGGGCACCGAGCUGCCGUCAACGUAGUGGACUUUGAUGACAAGUACAUUGUAUCGGCAUCAGGUGACAGAACUAUAAAGGUAUGGAACACUAGUACCUGCGAAUUUGUGCGCACCUUAAAUGGCCACAAACGAGGCAUUGCAUGUCUGCAGUACAGAGACAGGCUAGUAGUGAGCGGCUCUUCCGAUAAUACCAUCAGGCUGUGGGAUAUUGAGUGUGGGGCAUGUUUACGAGUACUGGAAGGCCAUGAAGAGUUGGUGAGAUGCAUACGCUUUGAUAACAAGAGGAUAGUCAGUGGGGCAUAUGAUGGGAAAAUUAAAGUUUGGGAUCUUGUGGCUGCUUUGGAUCCCCGUGCUCCAGCAGGGACCCUCUGCUUGCGAACCCUUGUGGAGCAUUCUGGAAGAGUCUUUCGACUUCAGUUUGAUGAGUUCCAGAUUGUCAGCAGCUCACAUGAUGACACCAUCCUCAUCUGGGAUUUUCUGAAUGACCCAGCUGCCCAGGCAGAAUCCACUCGUUCCCCAUCCAGAACAUACACCUACAUCUCCAGAUAAAUAACACUACACUGUACCUCACACUCACACAGGACUCAUUUAAGCUGCAGUAUUUAAAUGCCAGGACAAAAGAACUAUCCACGUAACCAAUACUUGCUGAAGAGAGAGGCUCUCAGACUUGUUUCUGGAACAAAGUUGGCAUGCGGUUGAUCUCAGACAGGGUCUACUCAGCGCGGCUGACUGCUAAAGUGCUGCUAUAUCAGAAGAUGACUUUAUCUUUCAUGAACAGUUAACAUUUUUAAACCUUUCCAUCCCUUUCUUCCCUCAUUCCCUCUUCGUGUUCACUCUUCCCUUUACCCUAUUUGAUUCCUUUCCAAGCCCAGUCACCAAUGUCCUAUGAAUAUAUUUAAUAUGUUGCCAGAA